AUGGCAAUGUCCAGACCUGCUACCAUGAUUUCACAAAAGCUGGGAAUUAUCUAUCCAAUAAUUCAAGCUCCCAUGGCUGGGAUAUCAACUCCUCAGCUAGCAGCUUCAGUUUCCAAUGCAGGAGGUCUUGGAAUGUUGGGACUCGGUUCAAGCAAUGUCGACAAGGCUCGCAAGAUGAUACUGGAGACAAAAGAAUUGACCCAAAAACCGUUUGGAGUUAAUGUAUUCUGUAAUAACCCUCCUGUGAGAGAUCCUAUUCGUGAAGAACAAUGGCUCAAACAUUUGAGUCCUCUCUUCGAAGCUUUAGGUACAAAGGGACCCGAUAGGGUCAAAGAACCUUACAAGAGCUUCUUACAAAAUCCAAAUAUGCUCGAAACCUUAUUGGAAUCAAGACCUGAUGUGGUUACCUUUCAUUUUGGUGUCCCAUCCGUAGAGGCUGUUAAAAGGUUGAGGGAAAUAGGCAUUUACACAAUGGCCACAGCGACCAAUUUGCAAGAAGCUCUAACCAUUCAGAAUUUAGGUAUAGAUGCUGUUGUAGCACAAGGUUUAGAAGCUGGUGGACAUAGAGGUAUGUUUGAUCCAAACGCUAAAGAUGAACAAUGGAGCACUAUGGUCUUGGUCAAGAUAUUGUCUCAAAGGCUAAAAAUACCUAUAAUAGCCGCGGGUGGAAUCAUGGACGGUCAUAUGGCUAAAGCUAUGAUAGAUGUUGGAGCUUCUGCCGUUCAAUUAGGAACUGCAUAUCUCCUUUGUCCUGAAUCCGCGGCUGACAAAGGAUACCGAGAAGAUUUGAAGAGCUCAAGAAGCCAGUCGACCCAAUUGACAUCUGCAAUUUCAGGUCGCCCUGCGAGAGGUAUCGACAAUGAUUUCAUUAGAUAUUGUAAUACUUUCGAGACUCCCUCUAGCGCAGAUUAUCCACUUGCCUAUGAUGCGUUCAAACAGCUGCAUGCUGCUGAGCCUAACGGCCAAUACAAAUACGCAGCGCAUUGGGCCGGUCAAGGUGCUCCAUUAGCGAGGGAACUGGGCGCUGGAGAUUUGACAGUACUUGUUGCUAAGGAGAUGGGAAUGUCAAAUUAA